CGAAUUGAUAUUUUUUUGUUUUAACUUUUUUCCAAAAAAAAAAAAAAAAUCUUAAAUCAUCAUCAUCAUUAUGUCGAUACAUAAUUCUUUGAAAGCGGUAAAAUUUUUUCGACAAGAUUCUACAAAUAGAAUUACCGAUUAUCAUCGACAACAAUAUACUACUGAUCAUAUUGUUGAUUAUCAUGUACCACAAUUGUUAAAGAUUAUAAUUGAAAAACGACAUGAUAAUAAUAAUAAUAAUAAUCACAACAAGAAUCAAUCAUUAACAAAUUUAUCGAAAUUAAAAUUACAUCUCGAUCCACAAGUGUUAAAUUAUCAAGUCCUACAAACAUUGAUUGUCAAAGGAUUUCAGAUUGAAUGUGAUUUUUUCCUGUAUUAUCUGCUGGAUGAACAAUUUCAUCAUAUUCAUUUUGGUCAACGUCGCCGUAAUUCAUCCUGUUCAUCAUCAUUAUCAUCAUCACCAACUUCAUCUUCGUCAUCAUCAUCGACUACAUCGUUAUCUCCAAAAUAUUUAGCCAUCAAAAAUGAUGAUGAUUUAAUCCAAGCAUUGGAUUAUUCAUUACAAUCACGAAGCCCAUUAUAUCUUGUUAUCGAUCUCGUUGAUUUCAGACAAUUAUUACGGAUGAGUUUCAAACAACAUCAUAAUAAUCAUUCGAAGAAGAAAAAUGAUAAACAAAAAGAAGAUUCUUCCAAUAAUAAUAAUAAUGACGAUGGUAAUCAAUCAACAAUGGAUAACGUCAGUUCACGAUUACUCAAAUAUAAAGUCUUAUCCGAAUGGGAUAUUGUUACAUCAUCGGAUAUUAUACUUGCUCAAACAAUGACCAAAACUAAUUCAUUCAUAUUGAAUCAGAUUGAAAAACUAAAACAACGUGCCAUCGUACAGCAUGCACGUUUACAGGCUGAAUUAGUCUCUACGACAAAUGUUAAACGUAAGGCCAUGUUAACGGCAACCAAUUCAUGGUUAUUAGCUGAAGCCAUCUAUCAAUAUUUAAUGUCAAACGAUGAUACUAAUCGACCAGUACAUGGACCAAUACAUGAUAUAUGGCCAUUUCUUGAUUCUGAAGGACGUGUUCGCUGUCAACGUGAUUUUCGUAUAGCCAUCUAUCGUCGCGGUAUGGAUCCAAACCUUCGACGUAUUGGUUGGAAACAUUUAUUGAAUGUAUAUCCAGAUGAUUAUACUGGGCAAGAACGAAUAGAUUUUAUACGGAUACGAUCAGAAACUUAUUGUCAGAUGCGUGAUCUAUGGCAACGAAAUCGUAUGACAGAUCCAGAAGUUAGAAAUGUUUGUAAUAUGGUCAGAAAAGAUGUACGUCGUACGGAUCGUCAUCAUAAUUUUUAUUAUGGUCCAGAUGGUGGUGAGGAUGAUUGUGAUGAUUGUCAAACAGAUUCGGAUGUUCCACAUUUCGAUAAUGAUAGUAAUGAUAGUGAGAAUCAUAAAUCUAGUUCAACCAAAUCAAAAUUAAAAACUAAUCCAAAUGUUGUUAGCCUGUUCAACAUUUUGGUCACCUAUGCAUUGAAUCAUUGUUAUCGUUAUUGUCAAGGUAUGAGUGAUCUUGCAUCACCAUUAUUGUAUGUAAUGAAAGAUGAAUCACAUGCAUAUAUUGCAUUCUGUGCAUUGAUGCAACGAUUGGGCGAGAAUUUCUCCACCGAUGGUGGUGCUAUAUCGAGAAAAUUUCGUAAUCUAAAACAUUUACUGCAACAUUAUGAUCGAGAAUUUUAUCGUUAUCUACAAAGAGAAAAUGCCGAAGAAUUAUUGUUCUGUUAUCGAUGGAUCCUCCUGGAUUUGAAACGUGAAUUUCCAUUUGAUGAUGUGCUGGAAGUAUUGGAAGUACUUUGGGCAUCUAUACCACCACAAUCAUCAUCCGGUCCCAAAUCAAGCAAUUCUAAAACAUCAAAUUUGAUGAAUCUAUUUGAUUCGGAUUUUCUUUACGUGCCGAAUCGUAAUUCCAGUGAUAACCGUGAACGACAACAAGAAACAGAUAUAUUGGAGAAAAUUACCGAAUCACAAUCGGUUGAACAAAAAAAAUUAUCGACAAAACCAUUACAACGACCUAAAUUAAGGACAAUAAAAUUUAUGCCAAAUAUGUUGAGUACUGAUUCACAAACAACCGCACAGGCAAUGGAUUCACCAUCAUCUUUAACAGAUAUGGAUUUUCAGAUUCAAUCAUCAACAUCCGGCCGAACAUCAGCACCACUUCCUUGGGAUAGUCCAAAUUUAAUUUCAAAAUCCCAACAUCAAUCGGACAAAUUUGAACAAAUUCAAUCAUCUAGUCAACAACAAUUUUUCAGAUAUGAUAUUGAUUCAUUCAGUGGUGAUUCAAAUUAUGAUGGUGAUGGUGAAGAUGAUGAAGAUCUAAUGGCCAAUAAAUCGAUGAUUUUGAUGAUGGAACAGGAUGCUGAGGAUUCUGAUUCAAAAAAGCCACCAACAGAUGAUGUAUCGUCUACAUGUUCAACAUUUGAUUCCGGUAUUCAACGUUCGAAUACGAUAACAUCGUAUCAAGAUCUAACUCAAAGCCUUCGUAAAGAAUCGACAAAUAUUCGUCAUGCUUAUCCGAUCUCCAGUUCUCAUUGUAAUGGUGAUUGUUCUGAUGAUAAUGAUGAAGAGAUUUCCACACCUGUUAAUAAUCGUAUUGAAAUUCUAUCGAAUCUUUCUGUCGAUCAUGGAUAUCUAACCGACGGUCAUCCACAAAAUCGAUGCUAUCAUUCUCAACAAUCGCCAUCAAGAUUACGAUCACAAUCAACACCGAUUUGUCAGCCUCGUUUGAUACAAUUUCCACCUAAAGCAAAACAAUUACUUGGAUAUGAUCCAAGCUAUGAUGAUGAUUAUUCUGAUGGUUCCAAAACGAUCGUUUCAUCAACUAGUUCACCAUUACAGCAGCUUCAGCAACAACCACCUGAAGUACAAGUAAUCGAAGCAAUUAAUGAACAAUUUAACAAUCUAUCGGCGAAAUCUGUAUCGGAAGAGAUGCUUAAUUCUACUAUCAGACAAAUGGAAACAUUAAAAGUUGAUUCAAUGACAACAUCUGAUCAUUCAUCAUGUAGUUCAUCAUCGAUAGAAUUAUUACCGACACCGUCUGAAGUACUACUCAUGGAACAACAGGAUCAAUUGCAACGACAAAAGCAACCAGAAGAGGAAAUAAAUGAGGAAGAUUUUCCUCUGAUAUCACCGGAACAACUUGGCUCGAAUGAUGCAUUCAUGUUGUUUAUUUGUUUAACACUAUUACUACAAAAUCGUGAUCAUAUCAUAAGAAAUCAUUUGGAUCGAAAUGAUAUACAAAUGUAUUUUGAUGGCCUUGUACGAAAACAUAAUGUUCGAUCGGUAUUGCAAGAUGCACGUCAUUUAUUUCAUACAUAUUUGGCUGAAUGGCGUCGUCACCAUAAUCAUCAUCAAAAACAGUCAUCAUCGGUUGCAGCUGCUGAACGUAAUGAACGAGCAUAAUCUUUAUAUUUGUUUUCAUGUGUUUUUUCUUUUGAUUCAUUUUUUAUUCAUUAAUUUUUUUUUAAAUUCUCAUU